AUGUCAAUCAGUUCAGCAGAAGCCGCAUACCAGCUUGCUCAUGCCCACCAAAGCAAGACAGGCCAGCUCAUCGGUUCGACUGCCGCACUUUCAGCUUUAGCGACAGUGCUGGUACUUGCGCGCUUCAUUACCAGAGUACACACAAAAGUUGGCUUGAAGGCAGAUGAUUGGGCUAUUGUGAUCGCCUUGCUCAUUGCCUGGGGAGAGUUCGUGACCAAUGUCAUAUGCGGUCACAAUGGGCUGGGAAGGCACCUGAUCACAGUCACGCCGAAUGAAGCCAUCGUUCUCGAGAAGGGCCUUUAUGCGAACGUACUCGUUUUUCCGAUUGCCAUCUGCAUCAUCCAGCUCUCGAUCCUCCUAUUCUAUGUUCGCGUUUUCACCCUCCGAGAUGCUCGAUUCAAGAUUGCGCUGCUGGUGUGCGCUGGUUUGUCGGUUGGAGUCUGCGUGUCACAAGUCUUUCCCACGAUAUUUCAAUGCUCGCCCAUUGCAUAUUCCUGGGACAAAGCCAUCGUAGGAGGGCAUUGCAUCAAUGUACACGUCAUGUGGAUUGCCCAAGACAUUCUUUUCCUUGUCUUGGAUAUCUAUGUCGUCGUACUCCCGCUGCCUAUGAUCUGGAAUCUCCAGAUAACAAGACCGGAGAAGAUUGCUGUCAGCGGCAUGUUCCUUCUGGGGUCCUUCAUCGCCGUGGUGAAUUUGAUCAGACUUCCAAAAUUAAUUUAUGUCGGGCCCGAUGACCUCACGUACUCCGACGUUGGCGCCGCUAUCUGGUCACAGGCCGAAGUGUGCUUAGGUAUCGUUGCCGCGUGUCUACCUUGCCUCCGACCACUUAUGUUCCUCCUCUUCACUACUCUGAAGUCAGGAUCCAACUACCUGUCCUGGCGACGAUCAAAGGCCACAGGGUCAUACCAGAUGCAUUCGGUUCAGAAAAGAGACUCAGGCAGAUCAAGUGCUGAGCAAAGGUUGAGUGCUUUUGAAACUGAAACAUGGAAGUCUCAUCCCAUUGCUCAGUGUGAUGAUACUUAUCAAGGAGAAAGGAUCGAAAAUGUUGCAAGGGGAGGUUGGAAGGGAGGUAGUUCUGGCUCAGAUGAGGUAGAUACGGAUUUGGAAAAAGGAAUUUGGAAAAGAAUCUCACUGGAAAUAACUAGAGAUACAAGUGAGCAAGGCUAG